AAUCGUUGAAACAAUACAAUUCCUUCUUGAAUCCUAAAUUCCUCUGAUAUCGGUUCGGACGCUCUGUUUAGCCGAUAUCCAGGGUUAGGGUUUAAUUUCAUAUAUCAGAAAUUUUCUUGAAUAUUAAUUCCCGGUGCACCGGUAAAUGGAUAACUCGAAUUCAAUUCAAGUUGUGUAGAAUUCGCAACACUAGAAAUGUGUUAUUCAAUUCAUGCAUGGGUAGAUUGAAGCUUAAGCGAUUCAGCAAAAUUUUUGCUUCUCUUGUUUUCAAUGAAGAUUGCUCCGACCAUCUAAACGUAAACGGCAAUUACCAGCAAAAUGGAGGUUUUUUUUUAUUUCAUUUGAUUUUAUUUAUUUCCCCGCAUAUUCUUGUAACAGAUAAUUUCAAUCUCAUGCUAGAAUCUUGUUGGCCUCCGUUUAUUGGCUGGAAUCCAUAAACAGAGUACAAGCUUGGUGGGCUUCUUGAAAUUUUGUGUUGUAAGAUAAAUGAACUAUUUUCUCUCCUUUUUUUUUUCGGAGGAGAAGCAAUGAAUUGUCGUCACCAAAAUCAAUUGCUUAUGCAAAGCAACGCCUUCUUUUGGUGGAAGGCAAAGCUAUUUUGCUGAAUCGCUAGCUCUGUGUCUUUGAGGUGCUUUUGAAAACUGUUGUCUGCAUGUAGUAUUUGCUAACUGAUAGUAGUAUUUCUUUUCUGUACAAUUUAGCGGCCUACGAUGACAUAAAAUCAAUUUUAAUCAAUAGCAUUACAGCCUCCCCCAGCACACAGUAUUGGGAGAGUGGAAUCGUGCAAUCCGAAGAAGCUAUUCGCUUGCUAAUAUCAUCUUCUCCAUCUUGAACAGGUUCCUUCCCCUUGCUUUACUGGUUAAAAAUAAUGACAGAAGGACGAAGAAAUGAAGCCCUCAAAGGAACUCCAUAUCCAGAAGGAGAACGAUCCAGUUCCUAAAGGUUGGAUAGAGUACAUAUGUGAUGAUAGUCUCAGACUCGCAAUUCCAGUCGGACCUCGUUUUCAGGCUGAUCUGCCAGCUUUGCCUGUUUCCCUACACAAGAAUGGUCAGCACAACAUGCACAGGAAAUCUCGCAGUUCAAAGUGGUUAAGCAUCAAGGUAUGGCCAACUAAAGGCAGAAGCCUGGAAGUCUCUGGAGAUGUGAUCGGAAAAGGAAGACCCAAGUCUUGUUCAUGUGUAUCCCCUGGAUCUGUUGAAUGCGUUAGACAGCACAUCAAUGCUAAGAAAAUCCAGCUGCAAUCUGAUCUGGGGCCUGCCUUUUGGCAAUGGAAAUUUGAAAGCAUGGGAGAAGAUGUUUCCAAGUUAUGGACUUUGGAAGAACAGAAGAAGUUCAAGGAUGUUGUGAGAAUACAUGCCAAAUCUUUUGGUCAGAGUUUAAUCAAUUCCGCCCUUGAGUACUUACCUUGUCAAAGCAGAGAGACAAUAGUAAAUUACUACUUAAAUGUACAUAUUCUACGGCGAAUAGCUAAACAAACCAGGUUGGGCUCUUCAAGGAUUGACACAGAUGAUGAAUCGGAAGAGACUCCUCCUGCCAAGGGAUCUAGAAAGCGGCUCCAGGCCAAUCAUGUUACCUCAAGUAUUUCCAAAUAUGUGAAGACCAAAUACCUGAUGGGUCGAAGAUGAUGCUGCAAUAAGCAACUUUCUGAUCUUAUGACACCCCAUGCCCUUGUGUGUGGAGUUCAUCCUUUGUUUGUAGAUAGUAUAAUAGCUGAAGCAGGACUAGGUUUUCCAAACUCAGUUUUCUUGAAGGCAUGUAAAGUUCAUUCAUAUCUAUCAACUUGUUUGUUGUUGUG